CUUAUCUAUAUCCAUCUAUCCCCGACUAUCCAACUCUCUCACUAGCUACAAAAUAUUCCAGCACCACCUACUCUCUCUCCAUCUCGAUCGAGAAGAGCUUGCAAUGGCUCUCUUCGAUUUCAAGUCGGACAAGCACUUCGUUACCUCCUCUGAUGAAACCACCAUUAGAGUCUGUGAGCUGAGCGACCCUACUGUUCACCCUUCCGAUAUCCGAAAGGCGGACUGGAAGGAAGUUGCCACCAUCGAUAUCGUCGAUGGUGGCAAUAAGGGAGGCGGCAACUCGUCGGCGGAAGGAAAGUACUUCCACCACGGGUUGUUGUUUUUCGAUGAACAUGGGAAGAUCGAGGGACAGGAAGCCCUCACCAAGCUAGCCCGACACCUCGCUCGGUCGGGCUUGAUGGUGAGCCCCGGAGGGUACUGCUUUCAGGACGUGACGGGGCUGGGAGAGCACAGAGACUUUGGGGCUCACUACCUCCGACUGAACGAUCUCUUCAGCUGGCCUAGCCACGGUGUUGACCUGGCGAGGAUCACCACGUGGCGGCGCUUGGAGUUGACAUACACCGUGCCAAGGCAGGAGGGAAUAUCAAAGCGACCGAUGGUGAGCGGUGGGGUGAGCGAAGAGACGAUUGAAAAAGAAGAAGCGCUACAAAAGAUGAGAGAAGAGAUGGAAGAGACGAUUGAAAAGAAAGACGCGGAGGUACGAAAGGCGAAGAGGGAAAGGGAUAACGAGAAGCGUCUGAAAGAGAUGAUCGAACGGGCCAGCAAAGAGAAAUACGAGGAGUCGAGAAGGAUCGUGAGAGGCAAGAACGAGGAGCUAGAGAAGCUGAGGGACGAGUUGGAAGAAGAUGAACGGAAACUGAGAGAUGAAAAAGACGGGGAAAUGCAAAAGCUGAAAGAGGAAAUGGAGGACACGAGGGAAGAAGAGCAUGAGAAAGAGUUGAAAAGGUCGAGAAAAGAAAAGGAUGAGCUGCAAGAGCAGUUGAAUAAAAAAGAUGUCUUGCUCGGAAGGGCGAGCGAUGAUUUGCAAAAGCUGAGGAAGGAGAAGGCCGAGGAACUGCGAAAUCUAAGAGAAGAAAUGCAAGAGGAGGUAGAAAAUGCGAGAAAGGAGAAAGAUGAAGAAGUAGAGGCAUUGAAAAGAGAAAAUAAGGAGGGAGAAAAGGCGAGCAAAGAGCAGGAUGAGGAAUUAAAAAAUUUGAGGGAUGAAGUAGAAACUCUAAGAAGGACCAAAGACGAUGAUCAAAGCUAUGCUACUGGAUACAACGGUCGUCCCGGCCGGUUUCCGUUCCGUUUAAACGCUUUUAUGGGGACAAACACACAUUUCUUCAUGAUUCGUUUGUUUGAAGAAUACAGGCUUGCUUUCCUCUAUCGGGACUAACAAUGCUGCUGCUUGUUUGCUAGGAGUGGCUAUACGGUUCGGUCCGAUUAAAUUGACCCGAAUUAAUCCGGUUUCAGUCCAGUCUUUUCGGGAAUAUAAGGACCAAAGAUUGGAUUGGAUAUAAUCCUGUCUUGAUCCAGUCCGGUCCCAAUUCGGUUUUGAUUUUAGAAAUUAAAAUGGCCUGAGACCUCAAAAGGUGAGGAGUUGGUUAAAUUUUGGGUGUUGGGCUAUUUUAUCCGGUUUUUUAUCCGAUUCUAAACAAUUUUUUUACCUCAAAUCUAAGCCCGAAGAUGUGAUUGAAUUGUUUGCUAUCCGAUUCUAGUCUGGAUUAUACAGUGAUUUCAGAUAAACCCACAAAAUCAGGACCAAAUAAUCAGCCCUAUUGUUUGCUUUUCCAUUCCUACUCUUUCUUUCUAUUUAGUCACACAAGAGAACCAACAACUACGUAUCGAUACUUAUUUCAUAACUCUUGGAAUUAAAAAUUUCUGUUUCUCUGUCUUUUAUUGACAUAUAAAAGUCCUAGUUCUAAGAGUAUUUUUUUUAUAAUUUAGAUGAACUUUAGUAGCAAUUUUUAUUAAGGGUUCUUUUUAAAAUUUCUUUUAUUAUUUUUCUUUCAUUUGGAAGUGGACACGUCACACAUCAUACAUAUUUGUCUCAUUUCUCAUUUACUUUGAUUUUUGCUUCCUCAUUUAUCUUUUUUUUUAUCGAGUUCGAAUAUGAAGAUAACGAAUAUUUUUUUAAUUCUCCAUGAAAAAAAAAACAUAAUGUCAUAGAACCAUCGACACAAAAUGUUACGUUCUUCCUUCAUUUUCCUCUCAUUUCGUUAAAUUUUUAUGAUUUUCUUUUUAUAAUCUUUUUUUUUUGUGAGAGAAAAAUAACGUCAUUGUUCGUAUUUGGUUUUUGCCCCUUUAUUUAUCUUUUUAGCGAAUUGCUAGAUCCGAGGACAACCGCAAGGUGGGAGACCAUAGUCGCCGUGGUAGUACUUAUCGAAGAACAAAAGAAUCCCAGUAAUAAAGUCUCGACAAUUGAAAUCAAGUUCCACAACCAAAUAGAAUUUCAAGUUUUUUUUUGUUUGUUUGUUGUUCCCUAAUUGAUACUUAUCCAUUUUUAUUGUUUGCUUCAAUUUAUUCCAAAAUAAUGAAAGACUCAAAAGGAUAGAAGAAAUCAAUGUAGUUGGUUGUUGUGCACUUGUGCUGAUGUCUUUAUAUACUGCCAUUAUUAUGCAAUAACAGAGCAAAUAUUCCAACCAUAAUCUCCGACGACCAUCUCCACAAUAAAGUAUAUAUUAGCUAUGGUUCGUCUGUUCGAUUUCAAUUCAGAAAGUAGAGAUCGAUCAGCAAACGCGUUUUCGAGCGUAGUAUGAGUUUGUGGAAGGAAGAAAUAAGAGAGACAGAGAGAGAAGUGAACAGACUAGCUGGAUGGAGAUGCAAGGGUGGAUAAAUAAUGAUUAAUAAUCUUUUACUUAAUUGAUAAUCAUAUAAAGCAGAAGAUAUUUUUCACCCAUUCGCAUCAAGGUUAAACUUACUUCUUGCAUCCGUCCUCCUCCGUAAGAGCACCUCUAAAAUAAGAGGUAAAGAUUCCA